ACGGAGUCACGGGCGACAGCUAGUUAUAUAUGUUAGAAGUGGGUUUUCCUGUAUAUUUUGUUGUUGCUUCUUACUCAUUAAUUUCACAUAAGGACUCGCAGCACACGGACGCUUAAACUAUCUGGCUCCGGGACGGCGCCGGAUUAAAGAUAAUAAUAUUAUGGCUGAAACAGUCUAUUAUUUAUUUAUUUUAUUGUUUAUAAAGUCAGUGUUGCAAGCCACUGAUGGACAAAAACAGGAAAAACAUUUUAGAGACGAUUAUACAUAUUUGGAAGAAACGAAUAGCUUUUACAAAAUACACAUGAUGCCAAGAUCAUGGGAAAAUGCAAAGAAAAGAUGUUUGCUUGAAGGCGCGACUCUCUUUUUUCCUGAACUUAGUAUCGAGGCUGACGUUGUUCUUGAUCAUUUAAAAAAAACACUGUCUUUGUCUGCUUCAAUACAUGUCGGGAUAUCAUCGUUACUAACAAAAGGAGUAUUCAUCACAGUAAGCGGAGAUGCAUUACGAGACGUAUACAAUGCUUGGGCUCCCGGUGAACCAAACAACUACAAGGACGAAGAAGACUGCGUGGUAAUGCGCAGCGAUGGCAAGCUCAUGGAUGCUAAAUGUGCCAACAAACUUCCUUUUAUUUGCAAAAAGACUAAAAUAGAAAUGGAUAGGAAAUGGAAUGAAGAAUGUAACAGUCCAUAUUUGGAUUACGAAUAUAAUGAAGAUUUGGGCAGAUGUUACAAGUUCCACUUGUACCCGAGGAGCUGGAAAGACGCCGUAGAGACGUGCGACGCUGAGCAAGCAUACCUAGCCAUCAUCAACUCGCAGCUAGAGGCGGAACAUCUCGUCAACAUCACUGCUAACGCACCCAAAGACAAAAUAAAGGGAAAAUAUAAACGUGGAAUCGUGCAUUUAGGUUUUAUUUACGAUAAAACUAUAGGGGACUGGAAAACAAUUAUGGGCGAGACAUUGGAGCAGGCGGGGUAUGCGGAGUGGGGCAACAACCAGCCUGACGGCGGCGUGAACAUGAACUGCGGCUCCAUGUUCUACAAUGGUCAACUUAAUGACGUCAGCUGUGAAGUUUACAGAUUUUUCUUUAUAUGUGAAAGAGAAAACAUAUUUCGCAGUAUAUUGAAUAACAAAUAGGGAGUUCCAUGUUGAAGUGUAAAUAAAACCUUAAUCUAUCUGUAAUGAAGUUUUAACAAAUUAUAAAAUAUGAAACAAUUGGAGUUACAUUUUAUAAACUUAACGGCACGACUACUUGUAUAAGAUUUUCAGAAUUUGUCGGUACCAUGUGGUGAUUUAGGUUACAAAUUAUGCAGUGUCAGCGUAUGAGGCUUAGGUAAUAAAAUUACAAAGAUAAUCAGAAACUAAAAUAAAUCAUGAACUAUUUAAAAAAAAAUUAAAGUAUUUAGUAAGGAAAUAAAUGAUCCCAAAUAUGUUCGCAACUUCGACAACGUGUAACGAAGCGA